AACAGAACACAGACCGGGAAAGGAACUAAAGAGUAAGGAACAGAAAAGAUAGAAAGAGGUGAAGAUGUUGAACUUGCAGCUGCAGCUUCACUCACCACCAUCACCGUUAUCAUCAUCAUCAUCCUUAUCUUCUUCUUCUUCUUAUGCUUCCCUUAAGCUAUUCCCAAACCACUCCUUCUCUCCAAACACUCUUCCUUUUAACACUCCAAAACCCUUCACCCUCAGAUGCCGCCAUUCAGACCUCUUCGCCCAGAACACCUUGGCUUCCACACCACGACCUGCAAGACCCACUCCUUCUGUUGGAGCUUUGCCACCUAGGGUUUAUGUUGGUUACUCCAUUUACAAAGGGAAAGCUGCGCUUACAUUGACUCCUAGACCUCCGGAAUUCGCCCCAUUGGAUUCAGGGGCAUUCAAAAUAUCUAGGGAAGGUUAUGUGCUACUUCAGUUUGCACCUGCUGUUGGCCAGCGCCAAUAUGAUUGGAAUAGAAAGCAGGUUUUUUCGCUAUCAGUGGGUGAAAUGGGAAGUGUGAUUAGCCUUGGUACAAGGGAGUCUUGUGAAUUUUUUCACGAUCCUUUGAAGGGAAAAAGUGAUGAAGGUAAAGUCAGAAAAGUUUUGAAGUUGGAGCCUUUCCCAGAUGGUUCUGGUCACUUCUUUAACUUCAGUGUCCAAAACAAGCUUGUGAACGUGGAUGAAAAUAUGUCAAUCCCUGUUACAAAAGCAGAGUUAGCAGUUUUGAGCUCAACUUUCAAUUUUAUCAUGCCAUACCUUCUUGGUUGGCAUACUUUCGCAAACUCCAUAAAGCCAGAUGAUUAUAAUGGAGAGAAUAAUGCCAACCCAAGAUAUGGAGGAGACUAUGAAUGGAACCGAUAGAGAUCACUUUUUGCUUGUAUUUCACCACCCUCACCCUGUGAAUUUCUCGACUUUGAAAUUCGUUAAAUCACUAUAUCCUGUUAGCUGAGAAUUUUUUUUGAAAUUGUGACUUCUGAGAUAGCAAUGUUUCAUUUUGAGUUAUUUAUUGUGUGUUUCUUUUGGUAUUUAGUGCUCGAUCAAGUUCAAGAAUGAUAUUUUG